AUGGUCCAACUGGCUCUGACAUGCUAUUACAAAGCAGGAAAGACGCUCAUCAUGGGGGCCAGGAGUCUGCUGCUGGCCUCUCUCACCUGCCUGGUUCUGGCCAUGCUGCCCCCCCACACAGACUCGGUGGCCGUCAUGUCCGUGGACCUGGGCAGCGAGUGGAUGAAGAUGGCCAUCGUGAAGCCCGGCGUUCCCAUGGAGAUCGAAAACGAGAGGCUGUUUGGGGACAACGCUUUGGGCAUGUCGGUGAAGAACCCCAAAACGGUGUACAGGCACCUGCAAAGCCUUCUGGGAAAGAAGGAAGACAACCUGCAGGUGAAACUGUACCGGGAACAGCAGCCCAUCAAAGACGCUGUGGUCACGGUGCCGGCCUUCUUUAACCAGGCGGAGCGGCGGGCCGUGCUGCACGCCGCGCAGGCCGCCGGCCUCAAGGUGCUGCAGCUCAUCAGCGACAACACGGCCGUGGCCCUGAACUACGGCAUCUUCAGGAGGAAGGACAUCGACGCCUCCGCCAAGAACGUGAUGUUUUACGACAUGGGCUCGGGCAGCACCACGGCAACCAUCGUCACCUACCAGACGAUGGACCUGCGGCUGCGGGACCACCUGGCCCGGCUCUUCAACCAGCAGAAGAAGAGCCCCAAAGACGUGAGGGAGAACCACCGCGCCAUGGCCAAGCUGCUGAAGGAGGCCCAGAGGCUGAAGACCGUGCUCAGCGCCAACGCAGACUUCAUGGCCCAGGUGGAAGGCCUAAUGGACGACAUCGACUUCAAAGCGAAGGUGACCCGGUCUGAGUUUGAGGAGCUGUGUGCGGACCUGUUUGACCGGGUCCCCGGACCCGUGCAGGACGCCCUGACUUCUGCAGAGAUGAAGCUGGAGGAGAUCGAGCAGGUGAUCCUCGUGGGCGGCUCCACCCGCGAGCUGGGGAAGAACAUCAAUGCGGACGAGGCCGCCGCUAUGGGCGCCGUGUACCAGGCCGCCGCCCUCAGCAAGGCCUUUAAAGUCAAACCCUUCCUGGUCCGGGACGCCGCCGUGUUCCCCAUCCAGGUGGAGUUCACCCGGGAGACGGAGGAGGAGGACGGGCAGAAAACCCAGAAGCACAACCGGCGCGUCCUGUUCCAGAGGAUGGCGCCGUACCCGCAGCGUAAGGUCAUCACCUUCAACCGCUACAGCGACGACUUCAGCUUCCACAUCAACUACGGGGACCUGGGCUUCCUGAGCCCCGAAGAGCUCAGGUGGGCAGGGUUCCUGACGGAGGAGGAGGACGGGCAGAAAACCCAGAAGCACAACCGGCGCGUCCUGUUCCAGAGGAUGGCGCCGUACCCGCAGCGUAAGGUCAUCACCUUCAACCGCUACAGCGACGACUUCAGCUUCCACAUCAACUACGGGGACCUGGGCUUCCUGAGCCCCGAAGAGCUCAGGACCCCCACCGGACUCCCUCCAGCUCCCAGACUCCUCCAUGUUUCCUCACUCUCUCUUCCUCUCCACCCUCAGUCGGUGAAGAACCCCAAAACGGUGUACAGGCACCUGCAAAGCCUUCUGGGAAAGAAGGAAGACAACCUGCAGGUGAAACUGUACCGGGAACAGCAGCCCAUCAAAGACGCUGUGAUCACGGUGCCGGCCUUCUUUAACCAGGCGGAGCGGCGGGCCGUGCUGCACGCCGCGCAGGCCGCCGGCCUCAAGGUCCUGCAGCUCAUCAGCGACAACACGGCCGUGGCCCUGAACUACGGCAUCUUCAGGAGGAAGGACAUCGACGCCUCCGCCAAG